AUGUGUCAUUUCGAGUACGUCCUCCACGGCUGCGGUCACAAAGGUCCCACCAGCGCCGUCAUCUGCCGUCAUAUGGCAAAGGUUGUCAAGCCCAAGGUUUACUUCAGGACUAUGCCGUUCGUCAAGAUGGCGACUUGGGUCCGCGUCUGUACUGAGUACUGGGGCGAGAAAUCCACGCACGUUUCUAGGGAGGAAGAUACUCUCUGCUAUGAGUGUAUUCUUAAGGGGCGUGAGAAGCAAGUCCUUGGCGCUUCUGCUUAGAUAGAGAGCAUGGAAGAUCAUGGAAUGAGCUCUACAGGUUAUGUUAAUCGAGGAUGGUACAUCCUUGACCUCUACAGGUUAUGUUAAGGUAGGAUGGUACAAGACGAGGAUUUGGUGUUGAUUUUUCGUGUUGCUGGAGCUCUCCGUUGUUUGCAUUUGUUAGUUGAGUCAUUGUCUCUAGCGGUCAUGAGCGAUAAGCAAGAGUAAGAGACAGAGCGGGUUUUCUCUACCCCUAGAGCACGCAAGGUCUUUUGUGGUUGUUGUCAAGGAAUGGCGUUUAUUC